UAACAGCCAGCUCUAAUAAUCAAACAAAAGCAUUUUUAGUUUUUGAUAGAACAUUGUGUGGUCCAAAUAUAUCCUUUUUUUGGGUUUCUUGAGAUUCAGGAAAUUCAAUUAUAUACCCGAAGAUAUCAAGUUGAAGUUUCUUCUCAUCCAUCCAAGCCUUGACUUUUCAUUUUAGAUUGUACUUUUCUUUCCAUGUCCCUCGCUCAUAAACUUCAAUCUCUUGGGAUUAUCGUUUGAAUUAUAUGUCUAAACUUCGAGUGUUUAUCUCCCAAGCUCAUCUAUUUGCGAUACCAGGCGAUGAACACAACAAUAUUCAACAGGGAAAAACUACAUUUUUUUAGUUUUAUUAUAGAUAUCGAUAAAACCUGGACGCCUUACAAAGAAAAACCAGGAAGAGAGAGUUAUAAUGGAUGACAAGAAAGCAAAGUCAGGUUCUAGGAGAUUAUGGAAAUGGUUCAAAAGGAAGCACAAGCACGAACAACCUGAUCCUUAUUACUACCUGGAUGAACUUUCAGAUGGAGAUGAUGAUUUCAUGGAAGAUGUUUAUGUUAGUUCGUUUGAGAUGGAUCCAUGCACUUCAACAUAUGAGUUAAGAAUUUUUGUGGGAACUUGGAAUGUUGCUGGACGAUCUCCUGUAGGAAGUUCAGUUGUUGAUUUAGACAAGUGGCUAAAACCCCAGGAUGCUGCUGACAUCUACGUUCUCGGGUUUCAAGAGAUUGUACCAUUGAAAACUCGAACCGUGAUCGGAGCAGAUGAUCCCACAGAAGCAACAAAUUGGAACCUGCUAAUAGGAAAAACACUAAACGAACACUUUGGUUGCCCUUGGUUGACUCCCAUGUUGAAUCCCAUCUCAAGUGACAACUACCAUUAUGUACAAGUUCCUGGUUCUGAAAGAAUGGCAAGUUUUAGUGGAAUAAGUGAUAAUACUCCAAUGAGAGGGAGGUCGAUAACUGGACACCAUCAUGAUCAUAAGCAACCAUGCAUUGGGAGCAGCAAAUACAAGCUAAUGGCAAGCAAGAAAAUGGUUGGAGUUUUUAUAAGUGUAUGGAUGAAGAAGGAAUUGCUGAAGAAAUACUGUGUUUCAAAUGUGAAAAUAAGUUCAGUAGCUUGUGGAAUCAUGGGUUAUUUGGGAAACAAAGGUUCAGUUUCAGUUAGCAUGUCAAUUGAAGGUAGCAGCUUCUGCUUCAUUGCUGCUCACUUGGCUUCUGGUGAGAAGAAAGGCGAUGAAGGUCGAAGGAACCAUCAAGUUUCGGAGAUUUUUAAGCGAACUUGUUUUCCUCGAUCACUCGAAGAUGAUGACAGUCCUCAUCCUCUCACCAUCUUAGGACAUGAUCAGAUAUUCUGGUUCGGAGAUCUCAACUAUAGGUUAUACAAGUUGGAAGACAAUUUAGCUAGGCAUCUGAUACAGAAACAAGACUGGAAAGCACUACAGGAAUUUGAUCAGCUUCGAAGGGAACAAGAAGAUGGAGGAGUGUUCCAAGGUUGGAGAGAGGGGAACAUUGAAUUUGCACCAACAUAUAAGUAUUCUUCAUCAAAUUGCAACCGCUACUCGGGUGGCCUUCCUGGCAGAUCAGGAGAGAAACAAAGGACUCCUGCAUGGUGUGAUAGAAUUCUGUGGUAUGGGAAAGGAGUGAAACUUCUAUCCUACUUUCGUAGUGAAAUUAAGUUUUCUGAUCACCGGCCGGUCUCUGCCCUAUUCUCGACACAGAUAGAAGUCACGAAGUCCACCAAUCCAAGAAUUGUAGACAAGGAUACUAUUGCUCCUAACACUAUGCCUCCUGAACAGAUUGGUACAAGCAGAAAUGAUGAAGAGGGCAAAUCUACAUUGCUAUCUUUGAUUGUAAAGGAUACGGAAGCAUCUUCGACACAUGCAAAAACUGUAGAUAAACCUUAUGAGUGCCGAUUCAGCUAAUUUAUUUCACUGCAGGCAGGCUUAGAGAUAUAUAAAACCUCUUAUUCAGUAUGAUAAGAGAUUUGCAAAAGAGAACAAUAAGGGUUUGAAAAUUGUAAUUCUUUCAAAAUUUCUCAAUAAGAAGCUGAAAUAGAUAUAUAUGCAUGAAAUUUUGACAUGUAAAAAUCAGUUCAAACAAUGGGCAUAUUCUUUCGCACAUUGUGC